GUGCAACUCAUACCAUCAAUCUGAUGUUGCAAGGCAUUGGCAACCUUCCAAAAUUCAAGAAGACAAUUGAUCUAGCAAAAUCAUUCACUAUCUUUGUCUAUGGUCACCACCGAACCUUGGCAUGUUUGAGGUCCUCCACCUUGAAGAGAGAAAUCAUAAGACCAGGGGUAACCAGAUUUGCUACAGCCUAUCUUACACUGCAAAGUAUGAUGGAAAAGAAGGAUUGUCUAAAAAAGAUGGUGGUUGAUUCCAAGUGGUAUGACUUACCUGAUGUGAAGUCCAAAAAGGGCAAGGAUGCUACAGCCACGGUGUUGAACCCUCGUUUUUGGAGAGGUGUCUCCCUUUGUUUGAAGGUCUUUGAGCCCUUGGUGAAAGUUCUACGUUUGGUUGAUGGAGAUGUGAAGCCAUCUAUGGGUUAUGUGUACGGAGAACUUCUCAAGGCAAAGAGGGAGAUCAAGGAGGCAUUUGGAAAUGUGGAAAAUAAAUACAGAGAAGUGAUGGCUAUUGUUGACAAGAAGAUGAAAGAUAGACUUGAUUCUCCACUGCACGUGGCUGCAUAUAUGUUGAAUCCAUACUAUAGUUACAACAAUCCAGCAAUCUUCUCUGAUUCAAAUGUAGUGGAAAAAUUCAUGCAAUGUGUGGAGACCUUUUAUGAUGGUAAUGAUGAAAAGGAAUAUAGGGAUGUUAAUGAGGACUUGGAUAAGUUCCAAAAGAGACAAGGAUCCUUCUCAAAGAAGAUGGCAAGGAGCUGUGAACGCUUUGAGUUCCAACCGGCGUCUUGGUGGAGGCUUUAUGGAGGUGGAGCACCAGAUUUGCAAUACAUGGCUAUUAGAAUCCUCUCACUGACAUCUAGCUCUUCUGGAUGUGAAAGGAAUUGGAGCACCUUUGAACAGCAUCAUACAAAGAGAAGGAAUAGGCUUACAACAGAGCGUCUAAACUCUCUAGUAUUCAUCCAAUUCAAUAAUAAAUUGCUGUCCAAGAAGGAGAAGAUUGCCAGAAAGAGUAAUUAUGAAGUGCUCCUAAGUAGUGAUGCUUCUGAAGCUCAAGGGUUUUUCUUUGAGGGAGGAGAUGAUCAUGCAUUGGCUGUCUUUAGGGAUGAGGAAGAUGAAGGAGUAAUGCCGGGGACAGGGAUACCAUGGAGUGUCCUUGGAGAAGCAAUGGGAACUAAUGAACAACUUCAACCUCGCAGGAGUGCAAGAGUGGCUAGAGAGUUGUAUGAUGAAGAAGAGUGGGAAUCUGAAACUGAAGAUCCUAAUCAUCUAGAAGAUGACAUUGCCUAUGAGGAUGAUGAGGAGUGAGGAGAUUGCAUGAUGGCAGCAUGCUGCCAAGUUAUCUAAAUAUUAAUAUCUAGUUAUUUACUUAUCCAAAUGUGUGUGGACUGUGGACCAUAAAACCAUUAAUGUGUGUUGUACUGUUAUUUAAUUUGUGGACCAUUAAGGCAUGUGAUGAACUGUGAGUGUUUUCUAUAUAUUUUCUUGUGAUCCUUUGACUUGUGAAUUGUGAUGUUGCCCUGUUGUUUGGAAGCUUGGCUGUGCAUGUACAAUAUUGAGCUGCCCCUCAUAGAUGAGUUUCUACUCUUUCCAAAGUAUCUGAUUGUAGAGUUUUUCAGAUUAUUAACUUGUCUCUCUUUGAUGAUCAGCUGUUGUUGGAUGCAACUUGCAAGAAGCCAAGGAGGAAAGCAACUUAUGUCAAAAAUAAAUAUGCAGAACAGCAAGAGGUAUGUUCACUAGUAUUACUACUUAGUUGUGUUAUUAUUACUUAGUACUUACUACUGAUCUUGCUCUCGGCAGCACAAAAAUUAAAAAAAAACAAUCACGAUUAAUCACGCUUAAUCUACGUUUAAUCUUCCUAGGCGCUAGUCAGUAGGCUAACGCCUGCCUAGCGCCUAGCGUUUU